UGCGCUGAAAACAAAACAAGACAAGCUGCGACUGCACCAUGAUGGAUGAGCUGGUGCAGGACCUAGUGUCCGCCCUGGAGCAGACCUCGGAGCAGGGUAAGCUGGGAGAGCUGUGGGAGGAAAUGGUUUUGAGUCCGCUGCAGCAGCGCCGGCAGAUCCGCCGCCGCAGAGUCCGCAAGCGCUACCGUGAGUCCUCCCUAUAUCCAACGGAGCACAGACGUUGCUGGAUUGAGGCCUCAGAGUCCAGCUUGGACGAGGCUAAACAAUACAGGCAGAACUCUUCCUCAGCCAUCGCUGCCUCUGUGGCCAACUGCAGUGACUCUGACGACUUCACUUCAACCAACCAGUGGCACUCCGUCAUGAGAGGCCCGGCCAGGACGAGGCAUCCCUCCUGGCCAGAGUCUGACUCCUUCACUGAGAAUAAUCCAGGACGGCCACUCAGGAGACGAAGGAAGGUCAAACGUAUGACCUCAGGCGUCACGGUCAGGCUGCAGCAGAAGUUAAAUGUUUCUGGUGUGGAUGGGAAACGGAGGUACAGGUCGUCUAGGAUGCAGCACCUGUCAAGAUCGAAGAAGAGGUCUGGUGGUUGGAUGGGAGCAGACAGACACACUGAAGGAGCCAGGCUGAUGGGAAAGGAAUGCUGGAAGAGGAAGAUGGCCAAGGAACACAGAGAUGGUGCAGAUGAAAACAUGUCUGACGGGGAAACCAGCAGUACGUGCAGCAGUGACCCCGGCCUUUUCACCAAUGAUGAAGGAAGACAAGGCGAUGAUGAGCAGAGUGACUGGUUCUUCGAAGGGGACUGUGGAGCUGGGACGGGCGUUGCCAGCUUGUUGCCCAACUGGGACUCAGACAGCCAGCUUUCCCUUGAGGAUAACCGCCCAGCACCCACUUUUCUGCAACCUGCGAGGCCCUCUCACAGAGGGUAUCGUUCACGUCUUAAACCUCUGCCUGGCUCCGCCGCCUGCUGCAUCAGGAAGUAUAGGAGGAGGAUUCCCAGCAAGGGUAACAGUGUGCCAGUGUUUGUAGAGAGACUGAGACAUUUCUCCCAAGAUCCUUACCACAGAGACUUUUGGCUGCCUUCUGUUGGAAAACGAGACCGAAGCCAGUUGAACCCUUUGUGCCCAUUACCCGUGUGUCCUAUUGACAUGGUGUCAGAGAGCUCCCAUCUCAGAUGUUCCUCCUCAAUCUGCAGAAACAGACAGACUAACAGCACCCCCAGCCUGUCAUGCACAGGAGACUUGAGGAGAAGUAGGGAAACGGAAGCUGUGUCCAUCACAACAUCAGCUUGCAACCCAUUUCAUGAGGAUCACCAGAGAGAAGAGGCACAGGGAGCCUGCAGCACCUCCACCCCAGAGGCUGUGGGGACAGCAAGUGCAGCAGUCCUUCAGGGGGACCAUGAGGACACCUGAACACUGGACAAGUACCCAGACUUGGAAGAACAUGACAAAAGGAAAUCCCUUGUGCCUGAGAAUGAAAAGGCUUCAACUCCUCUUGCUGCACAAACUUUAUGACAAAGAAAAAAAAAAUACAAAGCACAUCAUUACUCCUCAAAUCAGCAUGUUACUGCUAGAUCCAGUCUUUCCAGGUAGUAUACUAAGUAUGACAAAUGUUAAUGCAAUCAAGCCUUGUUAAGCCCUCCGUCAUCUCCACAAGAAAGACGGCAGCUUCAAGAGGCUCCUCGUUUGACUCAAGACUCUGUGGCUCCUCCUGUUUCCACACACAGUCUCCAGGCCACCUGCCACCACACAAUCCACCAAUUAUGUCCACUCUAGUAGCGCAGUGUUUGUCAGCGGGAACAGUGGUCAGGUGAGGCUGGGUGAGGGGCGGAGGGGAGGGAGUCUGCUCUACUUUAUGGCAGCCAACAAUGGCUGUGCAGCAGCACGUAGCUAGCUCUGAGACAAGGAGAGCAUCAGAAUGUUUAGCUACCACAUGCUGCUCCCGGGUUCAGAGAGGCGACCACCGGUAGUGAGCCACACAAAGUACAGGCCUCCUAUUAGCAUGGAUUUGAAAAGCUACAGUUUGUACAAAGGUGCUCAUUAGCACAACACAGGGGGAGUGUAGUCGCGGUCCUCGGAGGGCCGCCUCUGUUCUCUCCAGCUUACCUUCCAUAUUCAAAUUUUCCCCCAAACGUAUUUAAGUUCAAGGCCAGCCGCAAACUCUGUUUGAACUGCCUGUUUUUCAGCCGAGGUGGAUGCAUUGCUGUUGGAGCUGUGCAGAGAGUGGAUGAGAGCCAGCAGAAAGGGGCUGGAGGAGCUCUCGGAGACAGGAGAGGAGAGAGUUGUACACGUUAUUUUCACCUACCCUUGGGGUAUACAUUUCCCUGGCUCCCUCAGCAUCAGAUGCAUUAAAAGAUCAAUGGCAUCAUACAGUGAGAUCAAACACAACAGUUCUCGCCAAGCUGGUAAACAAGCAGUAUUUUCAGAAAAAAAUGCAUUUGAGUCAAGUGAUAUUCAUUCUGCUUGACGUGAACCAUAUGGGCGAUAACUGUUGUAGUCUUUAAAACAUGGACAAAAACUCCUGCAUACAACCCAGGCCCCUCUGCUGUACAGUCUUAAAAAAUUAUUUUACAAUAAAAUGUUAACCUGAAGAGAAACAGCAGAGUGAUGCUGGUUGUGAGCAAAAGUUUUCUUGUUUUUAAAAAAUGUACGCGUGCUUAAAACCCUCUUGGCACCCGAAGGAACUGUGCACUUUCUAUAAUGAUUGCACGAUAUCUUUUUAGUGAAAUGAACUGCAUAAUCAUCAGCCACGUAUCGCAUGUCUUUUCAGACACUUUAAAGCCUUAUUUAAGAGAAGAAUCGCAUUUAGUAGAAUGAGAUUUGCCAAUUAAUGUGAGUUAUAUGUCUGCAAUAAUCCGUCUGAGAAGGCUUUAUGUGAUCAUGUUGGCCGGGGAUGACAUUUAUAAAUGCUGUGUGUGCACACUCGUCUAAAUGGAUGCCUCACACAAGACAUCCUGCCACAGGAAUCAGUCAAAGUGUUGAAGCAGAGAGCACCCCCACCCCCACCCCUCACCUCACCCCCAGCUUGCUGCAGCUGCAGCUUGACCAGGGAGUCCAGCAGCAUCUCCAACCCCUCCAACACCAGGGAUACAUCCCUGAUCGAUAGGAAUAGCACAGGUUCUGGUUCCCAAUUAGAAAAAAAAAGAAGCUUUUGAUAAAUACGUUGAUGGCUUUUUUAAGACAUAUACCCCUGAACGCGUUGACAAGUAUUGACCGUGUAGUGUUUUAAGGAGAGCUUCUCGCCGGAGCCUUAUCCGUCAGUCUGUGUUUUGGUGCCAAGGCAUUGACAGGGGAGGAAGACGCAUCAGUUCAGAUACAGUUCCAUUAGUAGCAGGAGGGGAAACCCCCUCACCUGCCUCACUGGUAAUUAGCAGUCACCAUAAUGACAUUUCAGCCAGACCGUAUGCCCCAAAAUGAAUUUCCAAUGGCCAGGAAGUGGGGGAAUGGUUUCCGUGCAGCCAGUCAAUUGCCCUGUUACAGUUAAGGAAUCCAGCAGGCUGGUACCACUCAUAUUUCAUCCCAGGUAAAGAUUACCUGUCAGACCCAUGGGAGAUGUAUUGAUCUGUUUUCCUUUUUCCGCCAAGCAAUCACCUGACAAAGGCACCUAGGAGGCAAGUGAAUGAGUGAUGCCUGGUCUGUCUGCUCCAGCAUGGUGGCUUCCAGUGUCCACUGAUGGGUGGAGAGGUGAUGAGGAAGAAGAGAGAUAAUGCAGUAAUAAACUCUGUUUGAACCUCCUCUGUAUGCAUGCAGGGCAGCCCACCCACCUUUGUACCCCAGGUCAUAGGUCAGCAGGGAGUUUGCCUUUCUUUCUUUCUUUUUUCUUUUUUUUUUGCUCCUUUCUUGUCAGUGGCGUUUGUUCUUGCUAUGUAGUGUGUAGUGAUGACAGAAACACAUGCAAAAGAGGCUCUCUGGUUCCUGCUGACAAAUGCAUGUUGCGAGUCACCAUAGUUCACUUUGGGUUUCAGAAGUGAUCCUGUUUGAUCUGGGCAGUCUCUCACAAUGAAAUCCAAGCUUGUGCGGUCUUAGGGUUUCCUGCCACCGUCAGUGUGGCGGUGAUCAAUAUAUUUGACAUUAUCUCAUGUUUUCUUGGCAGCUAAAAGUAUUUAUAUAUUUGCCUUGUUCAGUGGAAUGUUAGAGAUUAUAUUAUCCAUGAAGCCAUGCAUUUAAAGUGAUUGCACUGUGUAAAAUGUGUAGUAUUUAUGAUGUGAUGCAUAAUUAUAGGUCCAUUGAUUGAGGAUUUAGGUCUGAAGACAUUAAAUGCAGAAAUUCAUUUUCAUGAUAGAUAGUACAGUAGAUAUGUCUCUCUGAAUUUUUACUAUCGUAUUUUUUAAUUUCAUUUACAAGGAUUUAAAUAUAUCUCCCUGAUAUCAGGGCUCUUAGGCAGCUAUCCACAUUUGAUACGUGGUACAAAUAGCAUCUUAUCUCAUAGGCUGUUAUCUUUAUAUUUAAUAGCAGCAGAGGCAUGCCUAAUUGCUUUGCAAAUGAUCUAAAGAGGAUUACUCCUCCCUUAGAAAGCCUGCACGGUGUCACUAGAUGUUAGAGACGUUACAGUGGUAAAAUUCAGUCAAACCUGCAGCGCAGCGUUUAUGCAGCAGCUCUGUUUUCCGUGAUCGUCAGCCAGUGUUAUGUCAAAGUAAUUGUCAGUGUGAGGUUUGUACUCUGCUUUUGAAUAAACUCUGUAUGAACAUGAUUAUGGAUUGUUAUAAUAAGAACCUCUGUACCUCUUCUUAUGUCAUUGAAGGAUUAUGUAAUGUCUUGCCUGUCAUGUUAAAAUCAUUCCUCCAUGUCAUGAGUAUUUAAAGAAGAACUGCAGUAUCUGUUUAUUUCAAAUACUGAAUUUGUGUGUAAUAAACAAAUUUUGG